AUGGAGUUGGAGCAGUGUGAAGAUCCGUUUAUGGAUACGGAUGAUAAUAUAUAUGCGGACAGUGAUAACGACUGGUUCAAGACCAUAAGUGAGGCUGAUUUGAAGAAGAUAAGUGACCAGUACGUUGAGUAUUUGAAGCUUAUUAAGGAUAAUUGGUCCUCCUGUCACGCUUCAAAGGUGUUAAAUAAUAAACUUAUCAGAUACAUCGCUCCCAGAUUCAGACAACUCUCAGCUCCACUCAGAGUCAGAAUACUAACCUCAUUUCUAUACAUUAAAGAUCAUCUGAGACUGGAGUGUCAGAAACAACUGGUAAAAAUUCUUAAAUUUAGUGAAACGGAUGCUAACGAGUGGGUUAGGAAAAUGGGCAAACUCGUGAAACCGUAUGUAAACACUGGAAUGAUUGAUUUGAGACUUAUUGACACUGAAACUGCAUUCCGCAUCAUCACAUUUCUAGACGAAAAAUUACUGGAGUCUGGUCAUGAGGAGUAUAUUAGAAAGCCUGGGAUUGAUGAGGUUCACAUUUGUAACCCAAAUGAGUUUGAUUUUGAGCUUAAAACCAGGGGUAAAAUCUCAAAAGACGACGAGUACACACUUUACACACCGAGGCAUAAUUUCGACUUCUUAGGCGAAGCUCUAGUCAAAAGAGCACUAGUUACUCUCAAAGAAUCAUACCAUAGUCAACAAUGA